AUUAUAGCAGAAUAAUGUCUGAGGCAUCAUUAGUUUUUCCUAAAAAGAACUUCUACGUUGAAGGGUCACAGAUUACCCCAGACUCUAACGUGAGCAUGCUUGAUAGAGGCGUUGACCCCAAGCCCUUGCUUCUCGAAUUGUGUAAGCCAAAUUGUCAUUAUUGGAAACAUAAGUUGGAAAGAUGAGAGUCUAAAUUAGCUCAGGUUAUUAAAAUUAAUCCAACAAAAUCAUGUCUCUAUCCUAUGAGAGAUUAUGUCACAUGUAUUGAAGCCUGUGUCCAACCGAAGAUACAUAAUAAUCUGGUGGGAACAGAGAGGAAGUAUACGUAUUAUGAUUAGGCAGGGACUCAAUUUUGGCAGAA